GACAAAUUAAAAAAAAAACAAGCCCCGCUUCCCGGCAUUUUUGACAAGUGACAGCGCGCCAUUUUGUAAAAAGUGUUUUUUUUUUCGAAAAGUGUGUUUUUCUUGUGAUAAGUGAUUGUGAAUGGUGUACACAUAAUCGGAAUUUUGCUAAGCUUGCCCGGAUGUAGACAAUACGGACCACAGUGACGUACUACGGAACCCAAAAUGGGGCACAAACAGUUUCUGGCGUUGGGGCAGACGGCGAGACGGUUGCUGGGCCUGCCCCCCGGGAGAGGGGACGUGCCCCUGAACAUGCUCAUAUCGCAGCAGGGCAAACUCAAUCAUGGACGCCUGGCUGUUAUUUUGUUCAGCAUAUGUACAGUGGUCCUCGGAAUCAUCCUUUCCUUCGUACCUUGGUUGGACUACAUUAUAUUUAGGGAGCUGAAGCUGUGGAACGGCUCGCUGAGCUACUCGUACUGGCAGAAGCCCGGAGUGGUCCGGCUGACGAAGGUCUACAUCUUCAACGUCACCAACCCCAGCGGCUUCCUGGAGCAUGGCGAGAAACCUAAACUGGUGGAAGUUGGCCCUUUUGUGUAUAGAGAAGACAUGGAGAAGGUAAACAUCAAGUUCCACGACAACGACACCAUCACGUACCAACACAACAAGAUCCUGCGCUUCGUCCCCGAACUGUCCGUCAACAAGAACCAGAAGUUGACAGUGCCGAACAUUCCUCUACUGGUGAGUGUAACAAUAGGUGAACAAAGUGACAACACCAUCACGUACCAACACAACAAGAUGUUGCGCUUCGUCCCCGAACUGUCCGUCAACAAGAACCAGAAGUUGACAGUGCCGAACAUUCCUCUACUGGUGAGUCUAACAAUGGGUGAUCAAAGUGACAACGAGACCAUUACGUACCAACACAAGAUCCUGCGCUUCGUCCCCGAACUGUCCGUCAACAAGAACCAGAAGUUGACAGUGCCGAACAUUCCUCUACUGACAGUAACAUCGUUCUCUCCCAACCUGGCCGGACUCGUGGUGAGCGGUUUGGCGUCAGUACUGUCGGUGGCGUACAAGAAGACAGCUGAACCUUUCGUCAAGGUCACAGCUGAACAGCUGGUUUUUGGAUACGACGACCCCCUAGUGACUCUGGCGCAUUACUUCUACCCCAAAGGCAAGAGACCGAACAGUCAAAUGGGACUGUUGCUAGCGCGAAACGGAACCCUAGACGAAGUGUCAACGAUAUACACCGGCCAAAAGUCCAUGUCGCGAUUUGGAUAUCUGGACAAGAUCAACGGAUUGGACCACCUGCCCCAUUGGAAGGACAGCCCCUGCAACGAUAUCAGGGCCUCAGAAGGAUCGUUUUUCCCCCCUCGGGCGGUGACCAAGUCGGACCUAGUUCAUGUGUACGACAAGGACAUCUGCCGCAUACUUCCCCUGCAGUACAGGCGAGAUGUCUAUAAGGAUGGCAUCCAGACGGGUCUGUACACACCGCCCGCCUCCACAUUCGAGUCGGCCGACGUGAACCCGGACAACAAGUGCUACUGCCAGGGGGAGAAGUGUCCCCCACGGGGUUUGCAGAACAUCAGCCCUUGCCAAUACAGCGCUCCUGUAUACCUCUCGUACCCGCACUUCUACGACGCUGAGCCAUCGCUUCUCGACAAAUUCGAGGGGCUGAAGCCAGUUCAGAAGACCCAUGAGACCUACUUCAUGAUACAACCGAAACUGGGCGUGCCGCUAGAGGGCUUCGUACGCGUGCAGUUGAACAUCAGGGUGAGCCGAGCGCCCAACAUCUACGUGAACAGCAUCAACAAGUUCCCCAACAUCAUCUUCCCUGUCAUGUGGAUCGAAGAGGGCAUCCACGAAGUAACAACCCCGAUCUGGCGAUGGAUCUACCUAGCCACCACCGUCGGCCCCAUCGCAGCCCCCCUGCUCACCUACUCAAUGAUCGUCUUCGGCAUCUUAACCAUCAUAGCCGUCUUCAUCAAGGCGUACAAAAGCUUCCUCAUCGGACAAAAUUCCAUAGAAAUAGUCGAGAUAGGCCGAGAAACUUUAAGGCGGGGUUCCAUGAUUCUACAUAGCACCCAGAAAAUAUGUUUAAGGGAACCCCCUUAUAUAUUGUUGCCACAGACUAGUGUAGAUGGCGUUAGGGAGUAUAGUCAGAGUUUAUGUGACGUAGUGGACGUAGGGAAGUCUGAUUUAGGUUUAGAAUGUGAGACUUUGAUUAGGUCUGAUAAUAGUUUUAUAAUGUCUGAGAGAAGGUGUAGUUUAGGGUUUAGGUUACCAAACUUUUAGGUUAAGUGUGAAUGUGUUUGUAUAACAUUAACAUAUAGUGGGCGAUGUAAACU